AUGAAAUUUGAUGAUGAGACAACAGAGAAACUUCAGAACAAAGAAAAGCAGAGUCAACAUCAACAUUCAUCUGCAGAAUCUGUUCAUUUCAACCCUUCAAAUCCUUCACUGUCUUCCACCUCUGAAAUGCUGACUUUUAAUGAUGAUCUGAAUCAACCUAUCUACUGCACCGCAGGCAAUCUUAUGAAUCUCAUGCAGAUGAUGCUACAGAAUCAGAUGACUGUGACUGAAAUCACUCAACACCUCACUACAUCUGUCCCUGCACAAAGAGACACUAUGAGAAAUGAGUUAUGA